CCAGCUGCUCGCUGUUGUAGAGUCAGCCGCCCCACCUCAGCAGAAGCACGAUGUCGUUCUCCACGCAAAGCUUCCAGCUGGGCACGGCUGCCCGCCUGCAGGGCACAGCGCCCGGCAGCAGCGCCCUGUCCAUCAGGAGCACGGCCGUGCAGCGCAUCCAGGCGCCCAGCGUCUACGGCGGGGCGGGCGGCUAUGGCACCCGCGUCUCCAGCAGCUCCGUCCGCAGGCAGAGCUCCGGCGGUGCCUUCUACUCCAACUUUUCUGACAACGACCUGCUGCUCUCCGGCAAUGAGAAAUCAACCAUGCAAAACCUAAACGACCGUUUGGCCGCCUAUCUGGAGAGGGUGCGCUCUCUGGAGAAAGCAAACUCCCUGCUUGAGAAGCAGAUCAGGGAGUGGCAUGAGAAGAAUACAGGAGGCAUAAGGAGCGACUACAGCUCCUACUUUCAAACAAUCGAGGAUCUCCAAAACAAGAUCAGUGCUGCACAGAUGGAAAAUGCAAAGCUUGUCCUGCAGAUUGACAACGCCAAGCUGGCUGCUGAUGAUUUCAGACUGAAGUUUGAAAAUGAGUUAUUGCUCAGGCAAAGUGUUGAGAGCGACAUCAAUGGGCUGCUGAGAGUCCUUGACGACCUGACUUUAACUAAAUCAGACUUGGAAUCACAGAUUGAAAAUGUGAAUGAAGAAAUAGUGUUUCUUAAGAAGAACCAUGAGGAGGAGGUUGACAGACUGCGCAAACAAGUGGGCGGCUCGGUGAGCGUAGAGGUGGAUGCUGCUCCAGGUACUGAUCUCUCAAGCAUUAUGGAAAACAUGAGGCGGCAGUAUGAAGAAAUGGCAGAAAAGAACCGCCAGGAAGCCAAAGAACGAUUUGAAAAGCAAACAGAAGUGCUGAACCAGGAAGUAGCAAUCAAUGUAGAACAGCUGCAAGAACAAAGGAGACAGGUCACAGAUCGGAGACAGAUCUGCCAUAGCCUGGAGGUGGAAUUACAGACCAAUCUGAACAUGAAGAAGUCUUUGGAAGACACUCUGGCUGAAACUGAAGCACGUUACAGUUUUCAGUUGGCUCAAAUACAGGAGACAAUUGCCAGGUUAGAGAAUCAGCUGAGGCAACUGCGGGCCGACAUGGAGGCACAGAACACGGAGUACAGCAUCCUGCUGGACAUCAAGACUCGCCUGGAGCUGGAGAUCGCCACGUACCGACGUCUGCUGGAAGGAGAGGACGUCAGGUUUGUCCAAGAGGAGGCACUUACAAAUGAGCUUGAAAAAGAAUCAAAUAAAGUUAAAAAGAUCAAGACCAUUGUCGAAGAGGUGAUUGAUGGCAAAGUCGUGUCCUCUCAGAUUAAGGAGAUUGAGGAGAAGAUGUGAGCAGCGCCGGUGGAGGGGAGAGCACCAAAAUGGCACCACUGCACUUCAUAAAGAAACCAAUUUAACUCUCCCUGAAAGCAGCAAGGGUUGAAAAAUGCCAAAUUAUCAAAUCUCAGACAAUUCAGUUUUUCAUCUUUGUGUGUGUGUGUGUUUAUUAAUAAAAUCAUUUUUGCCUUACACAGCAGAACAUCUAGAGUAGAUUUGUAUUUGAAAAAGCAUCAAAAUGUUGAUUCGGUGCAUCUGUUCUGAAUGUGAAAUAUCACUGCAGUGCAUUGGAGACUCACUUCAAUAAACGUGAUUUUCAAAUAAGAAACAUCAAUUUUCAUUUCAUAAUAAAUUAAAAUGCAAAACUGAA